AUGUCGUGGCAAGCAUACGUGGACGAUCACUUGAUGUGCGACAUCGAAGGUAACCAUCUCACCGCUGCUGCAAUCGUCGGCCACGACGGCGGCGUCUGGGCCCAAAGCGCUUCAUUCCCCCAGUUUAAACCUGAAGAGAUCAAUGGUAUCAUGAAAGAUUUUGAUGAACCGGGCUUUCUUGCUCCAACUGGGUUGUACCUGGGGGGUACAAAGUACAUGGUAAUCCAAGGGGAGCCCAAUGCCGUGAUCCGUGGCAAGAAGGGUUCUGGUGGUGUAACUAUAAAGAAAACCAGCCAAGCUCUGAUUUUUGGUAUCUACGAUGAACCUGUGACACCAGGACAAUGUAACAUGGUUGUUGAGAGGAUGGGAGACUACCUUAUUGAUCAGGGCCUGUAG